CCGGUGACCUCAAAGAGAACGAGUCGCACCGAUUGGAUGAUGCAGAGCGACGAGGAAACGAGCGUCACGCAGCAGGUGAUUGUUGACACAACUCCAGUUUGUCCUCUACGGCUUCCCAUCAGGUUUUUGUUUCUGAUGAAAUGUGGCAGGAAAAUGUUGAGCUGCUCCGGAUUUCUGCUGAUGCUGCAGUUUGUGUGGCUGUGGGCCGUUUCCACUGGAGACGUCGACGUUUCCUGUGUCUACAUGCAGAGCUGCGUCCUGCCGUGUCGCUUCCACAGCAGCGAUGAGAUCCACAUCCACUGGGUUCAGCUGAAGGCCCGGCCGGUUCCGGUCCGCUCAUUUCACAGCCAUCAGAGUCAGCCGGGCCAGCAGGACCAGAACUUCAGAGGCAGAGCGUCUCUGUUCUGGGAUCAGAUCUCCAGAGGAAACGCCUCUCUGCUGCUGAGAGGGGUCAAAGUUCAGGACGAGGGGCGAUACGAGUGCGUGGCCAACAGCUCUGCUGCCAUCAGUCACUCGUUCAUCAACCUGAUGGUGGACGCUCCAGUCACUGAGCUAAAGAUCGAAGAGACGGGGAACAGGAUGAGCUGCAGCUCAGAGGGGAUCUACCCGAGUCCGGAGCACAGCUGGUCCUUUAAGGCCUCGUCCAACACCAGCGUCCAGAGCGCCAUCAGAGUGAGCCGGACCGCAGAGCAGCGUUACGACAUCAGCAGCUCCCUGACGCUGUCAGAGGGCGUUUCCUUCCUGACCUUCAGCUGCAGCUUCAGCACCAGGAGCAGCAGCAGGAGGCUCACCUUCUUCACACCAGCGUCUGAAACCAGCGUGUCCUGUGAUCUCAGUCAGAACUGCAUUUUACCAUGUCGGUUCAGGAACAGGAUUAGUGACAUGAAAUGGAUACAUGAAAUUUCAAAAUCUCUGAUUGUAUCUUAUGACCAUCGUGGCUCCAGUUACUCUGAGAGCUUCAGAUCCAGAGUGUCUCUGUUUGAGGAUCAGAUCUCCAGUGGAAACGUAGAUCUGCUGCUGAGAGGAGUGAAGGUUGAUGAUGAGGGAAGAUAUUGGUGCUUUGCAAAGACAAAUGACACCAAUUAUUUUAAUUAUGUUGACCUUACAGUAGAAGCUCCAGUCUCUGACAUCAGGAUCCAUCAGGAUGGAAACAGGAUCACCUGCAGCUCAGAGGGGAUCUACCCUCAACCUGAACUCACCUGGUCCACUGAGCCUCCAUCCAACACGACUCUGCAGAACAGAACCACAGUCCAUCAGACUGAGGAGAAGCUUUAUGACAUCAGCAGCUCUCUGACGGUUCCAGACGGUUCUGAUCGGACCUACAGCUGCACCAUCAGAACCAGGAAGAACUGGAGGACAGAAACUUCAACUAGAGCAGAGUCUGAAACCAGAGUGUCCUGUCUUCUCAACCAGGACUGCAUUUUACCAUGUCGGUUCAGGAAUCGGGUCACCAACAUGACAUGGGAACGUGAAAAAUCUCUGAUUGUAAGUUAUGACCAGGGUAACAUCAGAUCCUCUGAGAGCUUCAGAUCCAGAGCGUCUCUGUUUGAGGAUCAGAUCUCCAGAGGAAACGGAGAUCUGCUGCUGAGAGGAGUGAAGGUUGAUGAUGAGGGAACAUAUGAGUGUUAUGUAUUUACAACUGGGAUCUAUUAUAGACAUUCUGUCGUCCUUGCAGUAGAAGCUCCAGUUUCUGCAAUCAGCAUCUAUCAGGAUGAAAACUGGAUCAUCUGCAGUUCAGAGGGGAUCUACCCUCAACCUGAACUCAUUUGGUACCUCGGGGUUUCAUCCAACACGACUCUGCAGAACAGAACCACAGUCCAUCAGACUGAGGAGAAACUUUAUGACAUCAGCAGCUCUCUGACGGUUCCAGAUGAAGAUCCAGGUCAGAUCUACAUCUGUAAUAUCAGAACCAGGAUCAACAGCAGGGGAGCAGUUCUAAAUAAUCCAGAUACUGGAACCAGCGUGUCCUGUCUUCUCAACCAGGACUGUAUUUUACCAUGUCAGUUCGAGAACGGGAUUAAUGACAUGACAUGGCAACAUGAAAUUUCAAAUUCUUUGAUUGUAUCUUAUGACCAUCGUGGCUCCAGUUACUCUGAGAGCUUCAGAUCCAGAGUGUCUCUGUUUGAGGAUCAAAUCUCCAGAGGAAACGGAGAUCUGCUGCUGAGAGGAGUGAAGGUUGAUGAUGAGGGAAGAUAUGAGUGCACUCCAAAGAUAAAUGGCGUCUAUUAUAAACGUCUUGUUUUCCUUACAGUAGAAGCUCCAGUCUCUGACAUCAGGAUCCAUCAGGAUGGAAACAGGAUCACCUGCAGCUCAGAGGGGAUCUACCCUCAACCUGAACUCACCUGGUCCACUGAGCCUCCAUCCAACACGGUUCUGCAGAACAGAACCACAGUCCAUCAGACUGAGGAGAAGCUUUAUGACAUCAGCAGCUCUCUGACGGUUCCAGAGAAUGAGACUGAUUGGAUCUACAGCUGCACCAUCAGAACCAGGAAGAACCAGAGGAGAGCAACUUUAGCAGAACCAGGUGCUGAAGUUACAAUCUGCUGCACUUCCUUAAACAUUUCUAAGUCCAGUUUGGUCUGGAGGUUCAACCAGCGUCAGAUCAUCCUGACCAAGACUGACAGAAACAUCUCCAGCAUCUCAGAGGACUGGAGGAAACAUGUGAGGAAAGUUUCAGCGUCCGGCAGCCUCACCUUACAGGAUGUGACCUCAGAUCAGGAGGGAGUUUACAGCUGUGAGCUCAGCCAUGAUGAGGAGACCAUUAUAACUCACCUCUAUCUGAGGAGGACUGGAGAGAAUCUGGUGGUUCCUGAACUCAUCAGAUGGACGGUGGUUUGUGUUGUGAUUGCAGCAGCAGCAGCUGGAUUCAUAAUGUUCUACAAGAAGAAACUGGAGGAAAGUGAAGCUCUGCAGCUUUAACCCUUUCAUUCACAUUCAGAGAGUGGUUUAGUUUUAAUGCCGUUCUCACAUUUUACCCGUCAAGAUGAUUCAUGAGCUUUGAUGUAGUUUCACAAAAUGAUCAGCUCUUCAUGUUCUUCAGCUGAUUCUUAUAUUUAGAGACAUUUCUGUUUUUAUUUUUAUGAUGAUUUCAUCUCCUGCCCAGCAGGGGGCGCAGCUAAACAUAUUCUUUAUAUUCUACCAGCUAAACUUUCUCAGAGCUUUAUCAGUAAAAUGUUUAUUUCUGUAGAAAAUUAAUUUUAUUACAUAAGUAUCUGAUUUAUGAGCUUUGAUGUAGUUUAACAAAACGAUUAGUUCUUCAUGUUCUUUAAUUAUUUCUCACAUUUGUAAAUAUUUGUUGUUAUUUUUUUCCUAAAUGUGAUGAUUUUAUAGUUUCAUCUUCUGCCCAGCAGGGGGCGCAGCUAAACAUAUUCUUUAUAUUCUACCAGUUUAUCAGAAAAGUAUCAAUAAAAUGUUUAUCUCUGAAGAUUUUCUUUCAUUAUUUCUUUUGUUACAUAAAUUCUUUGUUCUUCAAUAAACCAAAUAAAAAUUAAAA